AUGGGGUUUGCUGUCCCUGAUGUCUUCCUCGGGGCUUUUUGCGCGCUUUGCGUGUUUGGAAGUAUCGUCCCAACCGCCGCCAUUUCUGCUGAGAGCACCAUCUUGAUCCUUGCUCCCGCUGAUGCCGAUGCCAAGAGCGCAUCAAUGGGCCUUGAAGGCUAUGGAAUACCCUACCAAACACUAAUUGUCCCGGCCGGAGGCAUAACCCUGCCCGCGCUCAACUCUUCAGCGACACGGGGCAAUUACGGCGGUAUCGUCGUCGUCUCUAAUGUGUCGCAUGAUGUCAACGGCUCAUAUCAAAGCGCCAUCACAGAUCAGCAGUGGGAUCAGAUAUACAGCUAUCAGUUCUCCUUCAAGGUGCGCAUGGUUCGACUGAAUGCGUAUCCUAUCCCCGACUACGGCACUGCCCCUGCCAAUAACUACCAAACUGGCUGCUGCGACAAUGAUGAGCAGAAGAUUAGCCUCAGCGAUACUUCCUUAUUUCCUGGAGCAAAUAUUAAAGCAAAUGCUCUCUUAUCUACACGGGGCCUCUGGCACCACCCGACCACCAUAACCAACACAAAAACAACCAAAGAGGUGGCGAGUUUUGAGCCGGCAGCCGGUUACCCUUCAAAGACUACGGCGGCGGUGAUCCAUUCCGUCAGCGGCCGCGAGCAGAUGGUAUGGUUCAUCAGCUGGGCUCCUGCCUGGUCUCAGACAUCUGCAUUCUUGCAGCACGCCUAUAUCCACUGGAUAACCCGUAGUCUGUUUGUCGGCAAGCGCCAAACCUACCUGAACGUCCAGGUUGAUGACGUGCAUCUCGACACGCAACUCUAUUAUCCCAACAACUCUGUUUUCAAGAUCCGAACCGGCGACCUCGACGCCCACGUCAACUGGCAAAAGAAUCUUGCUACCCGCAUACCGCCCGGGUCGGACUUCUGGCUUGAGCUCGGCCACAAUGGAAACGGCAACAUAGUUAGUGCCACCGAUCAAAGGAAUUCUGCCUUGGUUUGCAAACCAAAUUACGCCGUCGACUAUCACUCUCCUCCAGAUACUCCUCUCGAGUUCAAGAAGCCACCUGGUACUGGUGUGGACCUUUGGCCCGCGGAAUUCAAGAACUAUACGUGGUCUACCUUGUGCUCCAGACUCGACCCCGUUGGCCUCUGGUUCACUAAUCCGGCCAACCUUAACUCCUUUGCUCAUGUGUCACACACCUUUUCCCACGAGGAGCUCAACAACGCCACUUACCAUGACGCCUCUCGUGAGAUCUUCUUUAACCAGGCCUUUCUGAAGUCGCUAGGCAUCGACAAGGCUACUAGAUUCUCUCCUAAGGGCAUCAUCCCGCCUGCCAUCACAGGCCUGCACAAUGCAGACGCUAUCAGGGCGUGGAAGGACAACGGCAUCAAGUACGUUAUUGGGGACAACACUCGCCCGGUUCUACGCAACCAGAACAGCGUAUACUGGCCCCUUCCCACGAGUGUGCAGUCCAACGGCUAUGAAGGUAUGACUAUUGUCCCUCGCUUUGCCACCACUAUCUACUUCAACUGCGACCUUCCCUACUGCACGCUAAAGGAGUGGAAGGACACGUCUGGCGGUUCUGGAGACUUUAACAACCUCCUAGACGACGCGCGUGCCGUCAACGUGCGUAACCUUCUCAGCCUCCAGGCCGACCCGUAUAUGUUCCACCAGGCCAACAUGCGCCAGACUGACGUCACUCCUAUGACUAUUGGCACACAAUCAGGGAAAUUAUCUCUCCUCAUGGCAUGGGUUGAGACAGUCACCCAAGAAAUAACGCGUCUAACAAAUUGGCCUCUGUUGUCUCUGAAGCACGACGACAUUGCCAACUACUUCCUGAACCGGAUGACGCUAGAUGGAUGUCAGCCAAAGUCAACACACACGUACUCUGCCGACGGCAAUGCAAUUGUGUCUGUGCAGGUGACGGCAAACGGGAACACGUGCAGCGUCCCUGUUCCCGUCACCAUCCCUGAUGGCACAGCUGCCACUGUGGGACUCCAACCCAUACAGUCGAUCAAGCUUGGGAGUGAGCCGACGAUCCUCUGGGUGACCCUGUCCGGGAAGCCCGUGGACAUAAAGCUGUCGAACCCCGUCCGGCUGGGUUGA